GGGGUCGCGAGUCCUGGGCCCCCCGGGGGCGCGCAGGGACCGCCCCCCGUCCCCACCCGCGGGCGCGGCCCGGGAGGGGUUGGCUGCGCACUCCCGGCUCUUGCGCUGACGUCCGCUCUUCCUCGUCGGGUCCUCACUCGGUACUGGCGCUCGUCUGUAGGGUUUGGGUAGGAGAGCGACGAGACGAAGAGUUAGGUUGCUCAAGGUGAUCUCUGGAAAUACUGCCCAUUACGGUCGCAAAAGCCGAAGUUCUCCAGGCCGACUUUGCAUCCGACGGUGCUUCCGCGUCGGGGAUUGCACAGCUCACAGCCUCCCUCGCCCGUGAACCUUCUUCGGGGCUCCGCUCCCUCGUGUCCUCAGAGUCGAGGCGGCCUGGGAGUCCUGAAGUUUCCCCGAAGCUCGUUCUUCUCAGUGGGUUACAGAAUGUCCGAAGGGGACAGUGCUGGAGAUUCUGUCCAUGGGAAGCCUUCUGUGGGGUACAGAUUUUUCACAAGACUUGGACAGAUCUAUCAGUCCUGGCUAGACAAGUCCACACCUUACACAGCCGUGCGAUGGGUGGUGACACUGGGCCUGAGCUUCAUCUACAUGAUUCGAGUUUACCUGCUGCAGGGCUGGUACAUUGUAACCUACGCCUUGGGCAUCUACCACCUCAAUCUUUUCAUCGCCUUUCUCUCUCCCAAAGUGGACCCUUCCUUGAUGGAGGACUCAGAUGACGGCCCCUCAUUACCAACCAAACAGAAUGAGGAGUUCCGGCCCUUUAUUCGAAGGCUUCCAGAGUUUAAAUUUUGGCACGCGGCGACCAAGGGCAUCCUCGUGGCCAUGGCCUGCACCUUCUUUGAGGCUUUCAAUGUCCCGGUGUUCUGGCCCAUCCUGGUGAUGUACUUCAUCAUGCUUUUCUGUAUCACCAUGAAGAGGCAAAUAAAGCACAUGAUAAAGUACCGGUACAUCCCGUUCACGCACGGCAAGAGGACGUACAAGGGGAAGGAGGACGCAGGCAAGACGUUCGCGAGCUAGGUGCUCGGCCGGACCCAUCACACAGCCUGAGGACGGUUCUGAGCCAUUGUAACAAUGCCUUCUUCCUUCACAUAAAGUAGUUGAUUUCGAGGGAGUCGAAUUUUCUUUUUAAAAAGGAGCUUCAAUUAUUUGUAACUGAAAUAUCAGGUUCUUGAAGAAACUGACAUUUAAACCAAAUUGCAUUGAUUUAUUUUUCAGUGACAUUCAAGUGUUGAAAUGGACGGAAUUCUAGUAAACUGCUGGCUGGGCGGACAGUCGGGAGGAGGUGUGGGGGGGGUGGCCGGUCUGUCGUCGGGCGGCUGUGGAACAGACCUACGCGGAAGGAGCCGGGUUGCGCCCCAGCUGCCCCCACCCUGGACGCCCUCGGCCACAUCGCUCAGCUGGAGGAUGAGGCUAACUUGAUGCCUGCACGUUGGAAGAACAUUUGAAAGGUGAUUUCCAAGUAACUCGGGUUCUAAUGCCAGUUUCCCAAUUUCAUCUCACGAGAGAUGUUUAAAGUUGGUCUCUAUCAUAAUGACUCAAAACUUUGUUCUUAAUUACCAUGAUUGCUUUUGAGGACCUGGAAUUAUAAAUAUAUAUAUUAUAUUUUAAUUGUUUGGAAUUAUUUUGACACAUUUCUUUGAUAUCUGAAGAGUUGUUUUUGAUUAAUUUGAAGUUGUUCUCGUGCAGUGGCCCCUUUACAGAAACCACUGGCAAGGGCAGACCAGUUUGUGGGUUUUAACACACCGCUUCUCACUUUCUACGGGAAAACCGAACUCUGACCCGCAUGUCAACUUUUUUGAUGUGAUAAAAACAAAUCCUCGUAAACAUUUUACUAAGUGACUUUUUAAUUCCAACUUUAUUAAAGACAGUGUCCCCUUU